GACGAUUCUAACUUUUAAUUCAAAUUCAGUAUCACGUUUAAAACUCUUAAAAGUUAAAAGGCCACAAGAAAGUUUGCCGUAUUCUUAUGGCUCAUGUCAUGGAGGAUGAGAGAAUCUGGGACGAUAGAGACGCUGUUACAAAAGCAUUAGAUGGGGACACUGAUCGUCUCGGGCUGGAUGAAAACAGCCCUAAAACUAAUGUGGAGGACAGUGAAGAGUUUGGAGGUCUUUACUGCACAUCUGAAGGGUUUUCUGAAGCUCUUAGAUCUGUUGCAAGCUCACCGUUAUGGAACUUUAUAGGGUUUUCUCUGCCUAUUUCAUCCCUCUUCUCUCUGGAGAGCUCCAGUCUGAAAUCAUCUGACAUGCACUAUGUGGAAAGUGAGGUGAAAAGGGCAGAUGCUACAGAAGUCAGUCCUCAGCCAGAGGAAACCUAUGUUGCCCAAUUCGAAUCCGAGUACAUCAGCAGUUCGGUCCCUUUGUAUCAGGAGUAUUGGAUGAACUCUCUGAAGAAGGAUUUACACAGAGCACAGCACAACGGACUUUCAGAAUUGGUGACAUCUAUGCGUCUUCCUGGUCUGAAAACUCCCCCUGCUUUAAGCCCGACCGCUGUGUUGAGCCCACCAGGACUACAGACUAAGGCAUACGCUCUGUGGCAGGAGCUACCGCAAGUAAAGAGUCUGCUGAACUCCCUCAGUGCACAUGAGAUCCAGCUUCAGGAGGCCAUGUUUGAGCUGAUUGUGUCAGAGGCCUCGUAUCAGAAGAGUCUGAUAGUAGCACUGAAUGUGUUUCAGUGCUCAGCAGAACUCAAACAGAUCCUGUCCCGUGUGCAGCAUCAUGUUCUGUUCUCCAACCUAAAGGAUGUCUGCAGAAUCAGUGAACAGUUUCUGCAGGACAUGGAGUCCCAUCUUGGGCAGCAUGUGGUGAUGUCACAGGUUGGUGAUAUUGUUUUGAAUCACCAGCAAGGCUUCCAAAAAGUCUAUGUGCCGUAUAUCACCAACAUGAUGUACCAGGAGGCUCUCAUCACUCAGCUGCUGCAGGGAAAUAAGAAAUUUGCACUGAUCCUGAAGAAACUAGAGAAAGGUCCACAAUGCCAGAGACAAACGCUCAAGUCUUUCCUGAUUCUUCCCUUCCAGAGGAUCACAAGAAUGACACUCUUACUUGAGAACAUCCUCAAGCGAUCUAAAGGUGUUUGUUCUAAUGUCCGUAAUCUGACGGAAGCCAUUGAAGUUGUACGUAAGAUCGUGGAAGAGUGUGACAGAAGUGUCCAACAAAUGAAGAGGACAGAGCUGCUUGUUUGUUUGGACAAGUUAGUGGACUUUGGAAACGUUAAGUCCAUUCCAUUAAUCACCAGAGGGCGACAUUUGAUUCAAGAAGGAACUUUGAAGCAUCUAAUUGUUGGUGGCAGUCACAAAGUCUCUAUAGUCUCUCGCAAAGAUGUGUACAUACACCUUUUCAAUGAUCUUCUGCUCCUCUCUGUUAAAAGUGGACACAGGUUUGUUGUGCAGGACCAUGCACUAUUUCCUGAUAAUGUGCGUGUGGAGGAAAUCAAAACAACGAUUUUGGGAUUAGCUCCUGAAUCCUUCCUGCUCUGUCUGACUAAGAACCACAGUAGAUCUUCCACUGCCCUGAUACUGGCUGCACACACGAGAUUAGAAAAAGAGACCUGGAUGAAAGUUUUCUCUUCAAAAUAGGGAACCACAAGUGUGGAAAUGCAACAAAGGAGGAUGCUCUUAAAGAAAUGGGCACCAUGAAGUGUUCGUAAAUACUAACUGUAGUGGACGUUUUAUUUUUUUUUAUAUAGUUUAAAUAUGUAUAUUCUUAAAUAAAAGACUGUAAGCAACUGAU